AAUUUCAAACUUUUGUUUUGUUUGUUGUUUUGGGUGUAAAUUUAAAAUCUUUCAUUUUAUCUUUUUCUUUGGGUUUUUUUUUUCAUUUGGUGAUUUAUUGCAAAGACCCCAUUUUUGAAAAAUUUGUAACUUUAUCUGAAAUUUUGAGAAAUGGGGUUUUUAAAUAUUUCAGUCAUUGCUGUUGUUGUUAUUGGUUCAUUUUGAUAAUAUUGUUGUUUGUAGAGAGAAGAAGGAUCCUAAAAGAUAGAUGCAGAUUUCAAGUGUUGGUGGAAUGGGGUUGCUUGAUUCUCUUUUAGGUGCUGAUGGAAGAAAAUCCUUCAAAAGGAAAGACAGUGAUGCAGGUGAAGCAGGUAAAGCAUUGGAGGAGUUGAGGGGUUCCCUAUACAAUGAGCUUAGAACAUCAGAAGGAGCCAAGCGGCAACAACAACGAUUUUGCGGACCGGUGGUGGCGAUGACGUUCAAUUUCUUCGUGGCCGUCGGGAUUAUUCUAACCAACAAACUAGUGAUGGGGAGAGUUGGAUUCAAUUUCCCAAUCUUCUUAACCUUACUACAUUACGCCGUAUCAUGGCUUUUACUAGCAAUUUUCAAGACUCUUUCAUGGCUUCCGGUUUCCCCUCCGGCGAAAACGACUCCUUCCUCAUCUAUUUUUUUGUUGGGAGCUAUAAUGGCUUUCGCGUCCGGUCUUGCUAAUACCAGCUUAAAGUAUAACAGUGUUGGUUUCUACCAAAUGGCUAAGAUCGCGGUCACUCCGACCAUCGUUCUUGCGGAAUUCGUUCUCUUCCGGAAAACCAUAUCAUUCAAAAAGGUAUUGGCUCUAGGGGCUGUUUCCGCCGGUGUCGCGGUGGCCACGGUAACAGAUUUACAGUUCAACGCCUUCGGAGCAUGUAUCGCCCUUGCAUGGAUAGUCCCAAGUGCCAUAAACAAGAUUUUGUGGUCUAGUUUACAGCAACAAGCGAAUUGGACAGCACUUGCGUUGAUGUGGAAGACAACCCCAAUUACAAUCUUCUUCUUGUUAGCAUUAAUGCCAUGGUUGGAUCCACCUGGAGUUUUGUUGUUCAAAUGGGAUAUAAACAACUCUUGUGCAAUUCUCAGUUCAGCUUUGCUUGGUUUUCUUUUACAAUGGUCUGGUGCACUGGCUUUAGGGGCAACUUCUGCAACAUCACAUGUUGUUUUAGGACAAUUCAAAACUUGUGUCAUACUUGUUGGAGGAUACAUUCUUCUGGAUUCCGAUCCGGGGCUGGUGAGUCUUUCCGGUGCCGUCUUUGCACUCGCCGGCAUGUCGGUUUACACGUCACUGAACUUGAAAGAAUCAAAAGACGGCUCAAAUAAGCAGAUUCCAGUACAAACUCCUGUAUCCAAAACAAAAACCAGUGAAAACGGCAGUGAAGACUCGACGGUAAUAAAGACUACAAACGAUGUGUAAAAAAGAAAAAUACAGAAACAAAAAAAAGAGAUUGUAUAGACAAUGAAAACAAAGAGCUAAAGAGCAUUUGGAAAAAAAAUUCCGGGUUUGUUUAAACAGUACAGUGUAAUUACUCGGGUAGUAAUUACACUAUUUUGUAAUUACAAAAAAAUUUUAAUUUUUUA